AUGAUUAUCAACCUGCCCCAGCCGCCGUCGAAUCCCGACACUCCUAGCGAGAUGCCUGGGACCCCGACGAGCACAACCACCUCCCUUUCCGCCCUGUCCACCACCGCCAUCAAAGACGGCCACCGCGGCCACGCCCAUGCCAUCCCGGGCUUCGGCGGCCAACGGGGCCACCAGCACAAUGCCUCGACCAACAGCCUCGAGGCCGAGCGCGCCGACCGCAUCUCGCGCCUGGCCGGGCUCGAGCGGGUCUCGACCCUGCGCGCCCCGUCCGGGCAGCAGCAGCAGCCACCCCAGCCCGGCCACUCUUCCAACUCGCCCCAGACCACCCCGACCUCGACCGGAUUCCCCUCGGCCCAGACCCAGCAGCAGAUCAGCGCCCUGCCCAAUGCGCCCGCCUACUUUGACUCCCACGGGCAGCCCACGGCCGCCGGCACCAAGAUGAGCACCGUGGGCACCGCCUCGGCGACGGGCAGCUUUGGCGGGCGCACCACGACCGAGGGCGGCGACCUGGGCGAUGACCCCACCGAGGUCGACGAGGACACCAUGAGCAUGGACACCGACUACCGCACCAUGGACGUCGGCUCCACCUCGGGCGUGGUCGACGCCCUGGACGAGGACAUGACGAGCCGCUCCGUCGGCGGCUUCGAGGACCGCAUGAGCGACGACGGCACCGCAAGCCUGGUCGGCUUCGGCGAGGGCGCCAACAGCACCGUCAGCGGCCCCAUAUACCACCGCCGCCCGCUCCCGGGCACGGUGGGCGCCACCGGCGCCUGGGGCCUGGAGCGCAGCAGCUCGGGCCUGAGCGAGGCCGCCGUGCUGCGCUCGCAGCAGCUGAGGGAUAGCGGCGAGGCGCCCGUAAGCGCCUCGGCCCAGACGGAGCGGCGCGACGCGCGCAUGAUGGACGGUGUAUCCGUCGACGGGGGCGGCCACGUUGGCACGGCCGACGACGACAUGUUCGUCGACACCACCACGUCCGGCCCGGUCCCGGUGCAACAGCAGCAGCAGCAGCAGCAGCCUGGCCCGGGGUCUGUGGGGUCUACGCCGAGAGAGGCGGCCGAGCGCAUCCUUCACGAGAGGUUGGACGGCGGGGAGGGCCGUCUCGGCGGUGCUUCGCCGACGCUGGAGAACACCAAGGGAGGAGUAGGACUGGGCAAGUUCUACUUCGAGGACAAGAAAUAG